AUGAAGUCCAAGAGGAACUUCGUAUCCAAACAUCUUUCUGUGUUCCCCUACACUGACCAAGGUGCUCUUCUUGAAGACCAGCCUUUUGUGCAGAAUGACUGCUAUUAUCAUGGCUAUAUUGAUGCAGAUCCAGAAUCCAUGGUGGCUGUUACCACCUGCUUUGGGGGCCUUCUAGGAUCACUGCAAAUAAAUGGCACAGCUUAUAAAAUAAAGCCCAAGAACUUUUUUUCCACAUUUGAACAUCUGAUUUACAAGAUGGACAGUAGAGAGACAGAAUCAUUUCCCAUGGGAUGUGGCUUAACAGAAGAAGAAAUUGCACAGCAACUAAAAGUUCAAGGUGAUGCUUUCACAUUGAGGCAGAGCAGCAGUCCUGGCUGGUGGACCAGUGGACUUACAGUGGAAUUUACAAUAGUGGUAGACAAUCAUCAAUUUGUUUAUCGGGACAGGAACGUUUCACAAGUGCAUGAGGAUGUAAUCACUGUUCUAAACGUAAUAAAUGUCUAUUUUUCUCCAUUGGAAGUUGUGAUUGUUUUAAUGGCCCUUGAGAUAUGGAAUAAAGAAAAUCUUAUAGAUGUGGAAACAAAAUUGGCACCUCUUCUAAGAAGAUUUUGCACCUGGAAGAAACAGAACCUUGAUCAUCGUGUCCGUCAUGACGUUGGGCAUCUUUUAGUAAAUUACCCAUAUGGCAUAUCAACUGGCAUGGUCUAUGUUGGCGGUGUUUGUCACUCUGAUUUUAAGUGUGGCAUUGAGAUUUUCAGGGGUCCGACAGUGACUAGCUUUGCCCAGACAGUGUCACAUGAGUUGGGCCAUAAUUUGGGUAUGCUCCACGAUGAAAGUAAAGAUACAUGUACAUGUGGUAGAAAAUCCUGUAUAAUGUAUCCAAUGAAAGGUGACGACGUGACAUUUAGCAACUGCAGUUUUGAUAGAUAUUUUCAAACAACUUACACAAAGGCCUGUUUGCAUGCUUCCCCAAAUAAACAGGAUAUCGUCGUGUUGACGAGAUACGGAAAUGGUGUGGUUGAAAAUGGAGAGGAGUGUGACUGUGGAACUCUCCAGUUGUGUUUAAAAGAUCCAUGUUGCCAAGAUAACUGUGCCCUGAAACCCAAUGCUGACUGUGCUAGAGGGCUUUGUUGUAAAAAUUGUCAGUUCAUGUCAUCAGGCACAGUUUGUAGAGCAAAACGCAAUGAAUGUGACCUUCUGGAGUGGUGCUAUGGAAAUUCAAGUAAAUGUCCUGAAGAUGUGUACGUGUCUAAUGGUAGGCCCUGCCCUGACGGUGGGCACUGCUAUGGGAAGAAAUGUAUGAACAGUACAAGAGAAUGUGACAGUAGCUUCAAGACCUACACAAACUCUAGUUAG